AUGGGGUGGUUGGAGGAGGAGGAGAAGGUGGCGGCCUUCGAGGACGGUGGUACGCUCGCCAUCAAGGCGGAACCCCUGGACAUUCCACUGAAGAAACCAAAGCUUAUGAGCGACGUCGGUGCGCUCUAUCACAGCGGCUGUGGCAGCGGCACAAGCCGAUCGCAGCACAACGCAACCCAGCUGCUUGUGCAGGCACACCAUCACGCGUACCACCACCAGCAGCAGGCGCAAUUGCAGCAGCAACAAACGAGUGCAGCUUUCCGACCCUGGACCGCUCAGCAGAAGGCACAAAAGUACGCCCAACAGCAGCAGCAAGCGCUACUGCUGCAGCAGAUCGGACCGUACGCGAACGGCACGACUACGACGAUCGUAAAUGGCACCAUUCGAGCGACAUCUCCCGGUGGCAGUAUCCUUACGCUCAGCAGCCAGGAACCACCGCUGUUGCAAAACCCCGAGAACGUCGUACCGAUGUCGGAGAAGGACAAAUUCGAGCGAUCGUACCAACCGAACGUGGCGCUUGUCCCACGCAAGUCGAUCCUUUGCGGCAAGGAUUCAUCCAGUUCGUCUGCGGGUGGGCAACAACGGCGUGAUUACGACGACAAAGAGCGAUCCGUCAUCAAGUGUGAAGUGGUGCAGAUCAAGCAGGAAAGCCCGCCGACUCCUCCGACAACAUCCUCGUCGUCUUCGGCUUCAGGCCGUUGUCCAUCAACCGGUUCGGCGGCGAUGCAUGAAGGAUCCGUGAUGCGAUCCGUGAUUAAGUGCGACGUGCAGAUCAAACAGGAACGUCCUGGUACGCCACCACCACCGGGCAGUGGCCAAAUGGAGCACGGUAGAAGAACCGGAUCAGCAACGGGUGGCGAUAGCAGCCGAUCACCCGGUCCACCACCGACGUCACACAUUCCCGUCACAUCGCCACCGUCCGGAGGAGGAUCGCUUCAACACCAGGGUGCGAUCACGAUCAGUACGAUCAUUGCCAAGCAUCAUGUCUCAUCGAUGGGUGGCAGUGCGUACGGAGGUGGCAGCAACAGCAACAGUCCUGUUCCGUUGGAUGCCCAACAACACUCGGGUUCGUCCGGUUCGAAUGAGAUCACUUCUUCGACGUCUCCUUUACCACCGGCACCGAUCGUCGUCAGCAUGGGCACCCUUAAUGGGGCGUGUAUCGGUGGUGAUGGUACACCUGGAAGUGGAAUAGACAAACCGAAGCUGGUGUUGAUCAAGGAACCGAUCAGUCCCCCAGUGGGCGCUCGGACGGCGUCCGUGCGACAUUCUCCUCAUGGCCAUUUGCUUCAGCAGCAGCAGCAGCAACAACAGCACGGUCUUGCGGUGAGUCAUCAUUCGCAGCAAGGAUCCUCGUCGUCACCUCCACCACCAUCGCAUCAUGGCGAUCAUCAUCAGCCGUUGUAUAUGCACCAUCAUCAGGUGUUGCAUCAGCAGCAGCAGCAGCAUCAUCAUUACCGAUCUCAUCACGGUGGCGUAGCUGGUACGAUAAUUCACCGGAAUGGUGGGUUAGCGACUGUGGGCAACUCCGAGUUUGAGCUGUCAACUGACACGGACGACGAUAGUCAGGCAGGUGAACCGGACAGCAGCAAUGCGCCUUCGACGGUCGAGCUGAUCGGCGAAGUGUUGAAGGAGGUCGAACCGGAGACGAAGCAACAGAUACUGGACAUCUUUAAGGUGCUGUUGCAGGAAAGCCGAGUUGAGCAUCAUCGGUUGCAGAUGGAGAUCCGCGCUAAGGAAGACCAGAUGGUGGACGUGCAACGGCAAAAGGAUCAUCUACAACAGCAGGUCCAUCAACUGCAGCACGAGCUCGAUCGGGCGUUGCUGAAGAUUGAUUCACUCCGGGAGCAUCAUCAUCAGUUGACGGCGCAACAACACCAUCAUCACCAUCACCAUCACCAGCAGCAGCAGCAGCAUCACAUAAUGAUACGCGACACGCUAAAUGGAGCCGGUGAGUCGAGUACGUCCUCGACGCCACCAUCGCCACUCUCACUGGUCAGCAACGGUAGCAACAGCAACCACAGCCACCAUCAACCGAUCGAGCGGCGGAACAGUUUUCCCGAGAAGUCGGAGAUCAUUAUGAAGCCGUUGAAGAAACUCCUUCGCCGCAGUCCGGAUGAUUCGACGACGGUGCUUAUGUUGGCGUCACCGCCACCCCAACCACCGGUUAGUGUCACGUUGCCAUCGACCCUUCCGGCGUGUCUGUCAAUUACGGCCACCAGCAUCCCGGUGGCUCCGAAAGAGUCCUUCAUCCAGCGAGACACGGACGCGAGCUCCGAGGAUACGGUGCGACGGCAACGGUGCAGUUCGGCAGGUUCCUCCACAUCGCCGCCAUUGCCAUCGACGGUGUCCCAAGGUGGACCGUUGGUUCCCCCAUCGACACCAUCUUUGCUUCCGCCGCCAGCACAGCAGCAAACACCACCAACAAGUGCCACUAAUGUACCUGCAUCACCGACAACGAUCACCACGGUAGUGAGUGCCGUGAAUGAUGGCGCUCCGGCAACGACUACUGCGAGUAGUACCAGCACCACCAAAUCCUUGGAAAAGGAGGAUCCUGUAACGCCCCCGGUGUCCCCGAAUGUCGUCGUCAUCCCUGUGGGCGGUGGUCCGGCAGCACCGUCGAGCGAAGGGACUGUGGCUAGUCCAUCUUCGCCUAGACCGCCUUCUCGGGUAACUUCUCCUGAGUCCGAUCGACAUGAGAACGGUGCCACGGUUGCCAGCGAUCACGAGGAUAACGUGGACGAGGACGAACCAAUGCCGGAAGCUCCUGCGGCAGCCACUUCUCUCGCAGUGGAUGGCGAAUCCGUUUCUUCUCCCACAGGUGCGAGCUCGGCGGUGAAAUCUCCUACCACAGACACGGUAGUCAACGCGCCAAAUAAGGUCACCGGUACGACGAGUAGCGCUGCAACGACGAUCGUCAGCAACCAGGACCAGAAGGAUUCCCCCAGUCGCACUAAAGGAGAAAGGACCUGCGAUGGCAGCAGCAGCAGCAGCAGCGGCAGCAACAACACCUCCACCAGCAACAGCACCGGUGGCAAAAGCAGCUGUGACAACUGA